AUGGUAACACCUCGCGCUGGUAGAUGGACUAAACCUCGACAAGGAUGGUAUAAAUGCAACUUUGAUGCAUCAUUUACUUCAACUACAACCCAGUGUAAGAUGGGAUGGGUGAUACGUGGUGCAUAUGGUGAAUAUAGAGGAGCAGGGCAUGCGAAAGGUAAUACAGUUUCAUCACCGUUGGAAGCGGAAUAUAAUGCACUAAUAGUAGCUAUGCAACAAUGUUGGAUAAAAGGCUAUACUAAGGUGAUCUUUGAAGGUGAUAACAAGAAAAUGAUUGAUAAUCUACAUUCAAGGAAAUUGCAGUUUGGUUUGUAUAACUGGGUUAGAGAAGCAAGAUGGUGGAGCAGGAAAUUUCAAGAAGUGGAAUUCAAUUGGAUAAACAGAGAAGGCAAUGGAGUGGCAGACAAGUUAGCCAAGAUAGACUUCGAACUUAUUUGA